UUCCAUCCCUACCACCACUCCUACUGUCACUAGUAUCUUUUUUUGUGAAGCGGAUUUUUGGCCAAGGACUAUAAAGGAUGACUGGAUGAGUAGUAGCUAAGCUCAUUCUUUCUUUCAGUUACCCUGACUGAUUCAUUUAUUCUCGUUAAUGCGAUGAAGUUCUGAGAAGUGGUAAAGGAACCCGAAUUUCUCAAUCUUCUUGUAGACUUCGUAGUUUAUCAACUUCCAAUGCAAUCCACCUCACUGAACACUUCAUACUCAUGGCUUGUAAUCCACACCCGAACUUGUAAUCCCAGAACCUCUCUUAAACCCUUCAUUCCGAGAAAUUCCCUCAAGACCGAUUCUUUAAACAUUGAAUACGCCAUAGGAAAAGAUGAGCGCAGCCGCGAACAACCAUCAACUCCUUCUCGUCUUCCUGUAAUCAUUCGCCAGUCCGGCGGCAUCUCUCAGUACUUCUGGGAUGGGAACGAGCUCAAAUUGGUAUCUUUUGACGGAAAGGCGCUUUCUUUGUCAGACUUUUGUUGUAAUUUCGAAGGCGUUCAAAGGUUUGUCCGGGUGUGUGUUUCUGCAGUAAGGGAUUUCUUCCUUCCCAGGGACAUGAGUGUGAAUUACCUGGAAUAUGUGAAAUGGAAGUUUGUUCAUAGGCUAUUCAGUUCUGCUCUGCAAGUUCUUGCUACACAGGCAAUGUUUCGAGCGAUUGGAAUUGGUUCUUCUCAUUCACUUCCAUCAGCAGCUGCGCUAAAUUGGGCAUUGAAAGAUGGCCUUGGACGACUAUGUAGGUGCAUAUACACUUCAAGUUUGGCAUCUGCUUUUGACACCAAUCUCAAGAGAGUUAGAUUCUCAACAUCUGUGCUGUUCAGUUUGAGCAUUGGAGUUGAAUUGCUCACACCUCUAUUUCCUCAUUACUUUUUGGUGCUUGCAUCUAUUGCCAACAUCGCAAAACAAAUCAGCCUGGCUUGCUACAUAGCAACUGGUACUGCUGUCCAUAGGAGCUUUGCAAUGUACGACAACCUUGGUGAAAUUUCUGCAAAGGCACAGAUACAACUAAUGUGCUUUGAUAAUCUUGGCCUUAUGCUUGCCGCAGUCUUAAAUAUCUUGUGCCGAUAUAAUCCAAGAUUGCAAGCAGGUUUACCAUUUGUUCUGUAUCCAAUCUUCUCUGCACUUGACCUCAUUGGUAUCUAUCAAGGGUUGAAACAUGUACAUCUGCAAACAUUGACUAAGGAUAGACUUGAGAUUAUAUUAAGCUUGUGGAUUCAAAAGCAACGUGUUCCUUCACCUGCAGAGGUGAGCAAAGCUGAGGGUAUUGACUUGUUUUGGGCUAAAGCCAGAAUACAGUUUCCCAUUACAAUUGGAUGCUUAAAUUCCAAGAAUCAAAUGCCUAGGCUUUCAGUGAUGACAAUGCAAAAUUUAAAAAGUGAUGAUUUCCAUUUUGUAUGCCUGGAGAGAUUCCCUAAGAAAGGGGAAGGCGUGGAACAGUAUGGUUUACUUCUCAGCCUGCGGGAAGGAGCAGGCACUAAAGAAAUCAUUAUGGCUCUAUUACAUGCUUUAUAUGUGCGCAAGGGUCUUGUAUGUUGCUGGGGCAGGUGGAAGACUAAAUUGAAGGGCUUGAACUGUUCAGAUGCAUUUCUUCAGGAAUGGUUAGACUUGAUAGAAAGUGGAAAGAAAUCAGCGGAUGUAAAUUUGGACCUGCUGAUUGAACAGAUGUCACUGUUGGGGUGGAUUUGCAAAAACAUUCUUUUGAGCAGACAAGAACAGGCUCGUUAUAGUUUCCUUGCAGAGUUUUGAUAGUCAUAGUUUCUUUUUGUGCUUUUGAUCAUGAUAGUCAUAGCAAAAAAAUGAUAGGAAAUAUAGUGUUGUCCGAAAAUAUUGUGAACACUUCACUUCCUCUAGCACUCUAACCUUUUGGCAUGCCCAAUGUAAUCUUUGAUGUACCCUGUAAGUUUCAAGUCAUGAUGUAUGAGGAGGAAUGAUAACAAUAUUUAUUUCCUCUUUUGCCAAAACAAGAAUAUCUCUU